GCCCGAAACAUCAGCUUUUGUGCUCCUAAGAUGCUGCUUGGCCUGCUGUGUUCAUCCAGCUCCACACUUUGUUAUCUCGGAUUCUCCAGCAUCUGCAGUUCCCAUUAUCCCAGACAUAUUCCAGCCUGGUUUGGAUCAAUUAACUGGAAUGGACUAAUAACCCAAUACGCAUCAAUCAACCGGAGCGGAUCAAUAACCUGGAGUGGAUCGACAACCAGAAGGGAGUCAGUGUGGAUCAAUAACCGGGAGCAGAUCAAUAACCCGGAGUUGAGUUACUGCCAGAUCAAUAGCCCGGAGUUGAGUUACUGCCAGAUCAAUAGCCCGGAGCUGAUCGAUAACCCGGAGUGGAGUCAGUGCGGAUCAAUAGCCCGGAGUGGAGUGAGUGAGGGAUCAAUAACCCGGAGCGGAGUCACUGCCAGAUCAAUAACCCGGAGCUGAUCGAUAACCAGAGGGGAGUCAGUGUGGAUCAACAAUUGGGAGCAGAACAAUAACCCGGAGUGGAGUCAGUGCAGAUCAAUAACCCGGAGCGGAGUCAUUGCGAAUGAAUAACCCGGAAUGGAAUCAGUGAGGGAUCAAUAACCCGGAGCGGAGUCAGUGCGGAUCAAUAACCCGGAGCGGAGGUACGGAUCAGUACACAGAGCGGAGUCACUGCGAGAUCAAUAACCCGGAGCGGAUCGAUAACCAGAGGGGAGUCAGUGCGGAUCAAUAACCCGGAGUCGAGUCAGUGGGGACCAAUAACACGGAGCGGAUCAAUAACCCGGAGCGGAGUCAGUGCGGAUCAAUAACCCGGAGCGGAUCAAUAACCCGGAGCGGAGUCAGUGCAGAUCAAUAACCCCGGAGCGGAUCAAUAACACGGAGCGGAGUCAGUGCGGAUCAAUAACCCCGGAACGGAGUCAGUGUAGAUCAAUAACCCCGGAGCGGAGUCAGUGCAGAUCAAUAACCCCGGAGCGGAUCAAUAACACGGAGUGGAGUCAGUGCAGAUCAAUAACCCCGGAGCGGAUCAAUAACACGGAGCGGAGUCAGUGCAGAUCAAUAACCCCGGAGCGGAUCAAUAACACGGAGCGGAGUCAGUCCGGAUCAAUAACCCCGGAGCGGAUCAAUAACCCGGAGCGGAGUCAGUGCGGAUCAAUAACCCGGAGCGGAUCAAUAACCCGGAGCGGAGUCAGUGCGGAUCAAUAACCCGGAGCGGAUCAAUAACACGGAGCGGAGUCAGUGCGGAUCAAUAACCCGGAGCGGAGUCAGUGCGGAUCAAUAACCCGGAGCGGAUCAAUAACACGGAGCGGAGUCAGUGCGGAUCAAUAACCCGGAGCGGAUCAAUAACCCCGGAGCGGAUCAAUAACACGGAGCGGAGUCAGUGCGGAUCAAUAACCCGGAGCGGAUCAAUAACACGGAGCGGAGUCAGUGCGGAUCAAUAACCCGGAGCGGAGUCAGUGCGGAGCUGGGCUCUGCCUGUAGUGGGUGAAGACGCUGCUGUUUCUGAUGCGCUUUGAUUCGGAUUCAGAAUAUCCCGCUCCAGCAGAAACAGAGCAGCAGGAGGAGGAGGAAACGGGGGAGUGGAAACAAUCCUGUCUGAGCCAAGGGUAAGGUGCUGGGGUAAAGAGAGGGGGGCGCAACCAGGAUCUUGCCCUGGAUAUUGUGGUGGAGCCGGGAUGGGAGUUGCCCUAUCUGAAUGGGGCUCACAGUGGAGCAGAAUCUGAUAAUGUAUUCGCCGCCAGCAGGGACAAUAAACAGUGACAUGUGCCUCUGUGUGUCACAGCACUGACUGCUGUAUCAUAGGAGAACCGAGAGACCAGCAUCAUCUUCAACGUGAUCAACCUAAACCUUGAAAUAUCAAAGGGUCUUGUUCAGGUCGCGGUUGUGAAAAAGAAUCGUAUAAUGUUCUCAGUGAAAUACUGAAAGAAGACUCUGAGCAGCGUUCUGACCUCUGUCUGCUGCAAUGGACUGACUGAAAAAAACAUAAACUGUCCAGCUGGAUCCCCGGCCCAACAUCCCGACAGCCACGAGAGGGUUUCCAGCCUCUGUAACUACAUCUUGCCAACUGAAUGAUGCCUUCAUUCCCGAUUGAUGGAGAUGUCGAAGGGACCUCAAGCCUGACACUGAAGAGUGGGCUGCCAUAUAAAACCACAGGAGUUGGGAAAAGAAACAUCAGAAUGAAGAAGAAGAAGAAAGGAGCCAUCACAGCAAAUUUCUCUGGCACUAAGUACCAGAUUGUGCGCCUGGCAAUAUUGGAAGCAGGGUUUUCUCGAGCCAGGGAGGAGGAUGAAACUGCCAAUCUGAUCUGGAAUGAUGCUGCUGUGCAGCAGGAGAGGAUCGCUGAUCUGAGAAACUAUCAGAGAAUCAACCAUUUUCCUGGAAUGGGAGAGAUUUGCCGCAAGGACUGUCUGGCUAGAAACAUGGCCAAGAUGAUCAAGAGCCAAUCUCAAGAGUACUGCUUCACCCCCAGGACGUGGAUCUUUCCUGCAGAGUACACUCAAUUCCAGAACUGUGUGAAGGAACUCCGAAAGAAACGCAGGCAGAAGACCUUCAUAGUCAAGCCAGCCAAUGGAGCCAUGGGUCAUGGAAUUUCAUUGAUAAGAAGUGGUGAGAAGCUUCAAGCACAAGAACACUUAAUCGUGCAGGAAUACCUCGAUAAACCAUUUCUCUUGGAGGGCUACAAGUUUGACCUACGUAUCUACAUCCUGGUGACCUCUUGCGACCCACUCCGCAUAUUCCUGUACAAUGAUGGGCUGGUACGCAUGGGCACGGAGAAAUAUCACGCUCCCACCGACUCAAACUUGAGCCAGCUGUUUAUGCACCUGACGAACUACUCUGUGAACAAGCACAAUGAAAACUUUGAGCGGGAUGAGCAAGCAGACAGAGGCAGCAAGCGAUCAAUCAGGUGGUUCACCGAAUUCCUUCGCACCAACGAUUACGAUGUGGCCAAAUUCUGGAAUGAUGUCUCUGACCUUGUGGUGAAGACGUUGAUUGUGGCAGAGCCUCAUGUUCUACAUGCCUACCGAAUGUGCCGACCAGGCCAACACCCUGGCAGCAACAGCGUCUGUUUCGAAGUUCUUGGUUUUGACAUCAUUUUGGACAGGAAGCUGAAGCCCUGGCUCCUGGAGAUUAACCGUGCUCCUAGCUUUGGGACAGACCAGAAGAUAGAUUUUGAAGUGAAAAAGGGAGUGCUAGUGCAUGCACUGAAGCUGCUUAAUGUACGCACCAGCGACAGGAGGAAGAAUCUGGUCCAGCAGAAAGCCGAGGCUCAAAGAAGACUGUAUGGGCAAGGGUCAGUAAAGAGACUAUCUGCUGGCUCCUCGGAGUGGGAGAAACAGCGCCACUCACUGGAGAGGAGGAGAGAGGAGCUGAAGGAGAGGCUUGCACAAGUCCGCAAGCAGAUUUCAAGAGAAGAGCAUGAAAAUCAAAACUUGGGGAACUACAGGCGGAUCUACCCUCCCGAUGACAAGCAGUUGCUGGAAAAGUAUGAGAGCCUCAUAUGUGUUGCCUUCCAGACCUUCCUUGCAGGAAGAGCAGCCUCACUCCAGAAGGAACUCAGCAACCCACUGAAUCACAUGAAGGAGGAAGACAUCCUGGAUCUCCUGGAGCAGUGUGAAGUGGAUGAUGAGAAGCUUCUCGGGAAGUCACCCCGUCAGAGGGGGCCAAAGCAGUUAUUCUCAAUGCCCGAGACAACGGAACCAAAUUCACGAAAAUAUGACGAGAGCAGCAGCAGUAGCGGCAACAGUAGCUGUAGCUCAGACACUGACGAAGAGGAGCUAAGAGAUAAAACAUUUAUGUAUGUUCGAAAAGGAAGAAAGUAUGAAUCUCCAGAACGAUCGAGAAGGAUACAACCAAAGCGUCCGACCGCAGGUAUGAAACCGCCACCUUCAGCAUUGUCGACUGCAUCUUUGCCAAUCAGACGUUCCAUAUCCUGCCCCCGGUCAAUCUCUUCCUCAGCAACACAUUCGCAUUCACAAUUAGCUGAACCCCGGUCCACUUCUGCCAAACCCGCUGUGCCCUUGAGCAAGCCUCCUGCAGACACAAGGUCGCAAUCGCUGAAUCGUAACAUGACCAGCCAGCGGAUACCACAUGCUGCCAGCCUGGGCACCAUCCAUUCCUCACCGCGUUCCGCCAUUCAAAAUUUCAGAACGAAGGAACAAGAGGAGGAAUUGACCAAGGAAGUACUGGUGGCCCUGAAUGAAAUGAGAAUUAAAUUCCCAGGGAAAACAAACGAGGAAGCUGAGGUUCUGCUUGAUGAAAUACUAGACAACUGGAAGUAUCAUAAACCAAAAGUAGCCUCUUAUUGGCUUGUCAAACUGGACUCCGCAAAGCAACGUAAGGUGCUGGAUAUUGUAAGGACCAACAUCCGAUCCACCUUUCAGCGAGUAUGGAAGGUGCAUGAUGUGGAAAGUCUUCGAUUGUACCGCAUCUUCAAUCGGGUUUUUAACCGUUUGCUCUGGAACCGUGGGCGAGGCCUGUGGAACUGCUUCUCCAAUUCAGGGAACUCCUGGGAAACCAUGUUCAAUCGAAGAGCAGAGACAGCCACUUCUCAGGAACUGCAGUGCUGUCAGAGGCUGGUACAGCUCUGCAAGGACUGCCUGCUCGUGGUUUACAGAUAUGCCGUGGAUUGCAAAGGCUCCUUGUCUGGCUUCAGCCAGGAGUGUGAAGACAACAGCUCAGCUCACUGUCUACCAAGUGAUGGUGGAACCCAUCCAGCUCUCGCUCCAGAGACCUGCUAACAGAGACCUGGGCUGCUGCUCCAAUGCAGAACUGAGGGAGUGCUGCACUGUCCAAGGUACAUUCUUUUAGAGAAACCAAAAACUGUGUCUGCCCUGAAUGUCAAAGAUAUCAGAGCACAAUUUCAAAGGCAAUAAGAGUGAGCUGUUCCCAGCAUUCUGGCCAAUAUUUGUCACUCAGUCAGAUAACUGGUCAUUCUCACAUUUUUGUAGCCUGCUGAGCACAAAUUGGCUGCGAUGCUUUUUGCAUUGGAAUAUUGACCGUUCUUCAAUAGUACCCCCAUGGCUAUAGAGUCCUUUGCAAUGCCUUGACAUUAUGAAGUAGACACUGUAGUAGCAAAUGUUUUGUCAGUAUUAUCUAUUCAUUGUUCUGUCACUAUGUUUGUAUUUUUGUAUCGAUAGCAUAUCAAUGUUUACCAGUCUACAUGUAUCAAUCUUUCCCAAGUUGUAUUUGUCCAUUCUGUAAAUUUUGGGUCUUCCAUGACAGUUCUAUUGUCACACUUUAAAGUAGCAAUUGAUUAAAACAACAUCUCACAUCAGGCUAAUUUCUGACUGAAAGCCAAAACUCUACAGCAUCUUUAAUUUGCAAAUCCCUCCCAUUGAUUCUAGACUAUUUUUACUUGACUAGGAGAGGUGGGCAAGCUCGUUUGAGUUAACAUUGUGAGCUGUUCAGCCCAAAUGUUGCUCUGUUGGAUAUGGCCAGCCUUCCAUUGUACAUGGCAGUCUACACAAUACAGUGAGAAGUUUCACUUUGAAGGGGCAUAACGUUGGCUUCUCACUACCAUUUAGACAAUAGACAAUAGACAAUAGAUAAUAGGUGCUGGAGUAGGACAUUCGGCCCUUCGAGCCAGCACCACCAAUCAUUAUGAUCAUGGCUGAUCAUCCACAAUCAGUAUCCUGUUCCUGCCUUAUCCCCUCAUCAAACCUUCCCUCCUCCACAAGAGACAAACAUCAACAACAGUGACUGGUGUAUCACUUUCAUUGAUAUAUCAACCUUCCCAUCCAUGCCUCAGGCUCCACAUUGAGGCUACAGAGCUCAGAAUUUGUGGUGUGGUGAAUCCAUGACUCUUCCAUCUGUAGGCCAGUGUUUUCAUUUUGUUUUUUAAAGUGUUCCCCUCCCCACCCCCUGCCACUUUGAAUCCUUGAGUACAGGGAAUGGCUAUUUGUCCCAUCAUCAUGUACUGGAUUUGCCAAGGAGCUAAGUAGUCCUACUCUCCUAAUCUUUUUCAUUAACUUACCCUUCAUAAAGGCAAAUAGGGAACAGCAACUAAUACUGGCUUCCCCAGUGAUGGACCACAUCUCACGAAUAAAUUUUAAAAAAUUCUUCAAACAUUUAUCCAACUCAGUUUGGAAGGUUAUUAUUGGCUAUAUUUCCAUCAGAAUAACUUGCUGUAUGAAAGAUAUACUUUUCAACAAUCCCUCAGCCCUUUCAACCUUGAAUCUAGCUCCUCAUAUUAUCAACUCCUCCUGGCACUUUUUAUGAGUGUUAUCAAAACUUUUUCUAAUCUUGAAUGCCUCAAUUAAAUCUCCAACUAACCCUCUAGAUUCUAGCCAGUUCCAGCUUUACACAUCAGGUGAACAUCAUGACAAUGGUACUGUUGUCACCUCUGUCUCACCCAUUAGCUACAGUUCCUCUGUGUGAAUACAAGGUGAAAAUAUCUCAGCAAAUCUCAGUUAGUUGCUGCUUCAAGGACUACAAAUUGUUGUGCUCCCAACAACCGUCAUUGGGGUCAAUGUUUGAAAGCAGGCAUUUGCUUUUGAAGGGAACAUUUUUUGGGAUUAGUCUGAGCAUUUAACUCCUCCACAGACCCACAAAGUACAGAUAGGGAACCAGAUGUGUGUGGCCAUCCAAAAAUCAUACUGGGACUUGAUGAAUGAAUGACUUGGACUGUCCUCUCUAGCUGGUGCUCGUACAGUAACAGUGCAGGUCGAAGGUGUCACAGGUUCAACCGCUGCUUGACCUGGGGCCUUGUAAUAGUGUUGCAAAUGUGCCCCUGCGCUAGGGCCUCUGCUCCCAAUUUCUCUCUAUCAGGUUGGCACAGCGGCUGGACUAUUGUACAACAAUAGGAUUAGCUAUCAACUUGUGGGGCCAUUGGGAGGACCCCUUAUCAGCAAGGGUUAGGGUAUCACCUUGAGUCCACUUGAACCAUGGUGAUGGACCUUCUGGUCCUUGGUGUCACUCUCUCACCAUUUCAAAUCGUCUUUCCCUCCCCCUCCAUCCCAACAAUAAGCCUAUCCAUCUGUAACUCAGGGAUGGGAUUAAUUUGGGUGAAUCAAUGAAGAAGAUCAUUCGGGGUUUUAGUCACUUACCCUCCAAACGAGGACCAUCAGUGAGGGUCCUUGUGGAGGGGGACAGAUUUUCACUCAUUCUGACACUGGGGUUUGCAAUAAUGUUGAGUUCUGACUACGUGAGACUCUGUGUUAAUGCUCCACACUACCCCAGAAUGUACAUCAAUCAGUGAACAUCCAGAAGUAGCUGCGGAUGAUGCAGACCAAUAGGGCUAACAAAUGUCCUUAUGUUUGAAACAGUAAAUCUCAAUUUAGCCAGCACAAUUGUGCACAACAUGAGAAAUUGACAGUGCAUUGCAUCGGUAAUUUAUACAAGACUGGUCGCGUAGGCCAACAAGGUUUUCAGGGUCUGAGAGUGUGUACAUAAUUCAUUGUUUCUCUAUCUCCACCCAAAGGAGGUCAUGCUGAUUUAAACAAGACCAGGAGGCCCAGGAAGCAUGCUUUUCAUUGCUCUCAGCUUCUAAUUACUGCUGUACAGUGUGACAUGGCAGUGUCCUUAGCAACAGUUGUACCAUUUCUUUCUAUACUUGGCUGCAGAUGCAGGAAUGUUUUAUAUCAUAUUAUGAAUAUAAAUGUAUAUUAAAAUAUAGAAACACAAACAGAUGUAUUUUGCCGACAAAUAAUAUAAUGUUGCUUUUCUUUUGCCUAUUUGGUGGUGCGGCGAGUCUCUCGCUAUGAAGGAACCAGACUGACACAUGCCAACUUUCGUCAGCUCUCAGCUCGCUGUCAGCCACCACCAUGAUUUGGAUGUCCUGUAUCAGAGCCACAGUGUAUGACUAUUAAUUUAUGAUGGGAUUAAGCAGUAUUUUGCUAUUUAUUGCCAGUUUUGAAUGUUACAACAAUAAUGUUUUCUCAUUCAGUUAUAAGAAUCAGUGAAUGCAAUGAUGUGAUGCAUUGUAUAAUAAAACAACACUUUUAAAGCAA